UGACGUCACCGGCCCGGUUCCCUCUCCGGGGAGCGGCGGCGGACGCUCGGCUCCCACCCCCUCCCCUCUCUCGGGCUCUCCCCUCCCCGGUGGCGGCCGCGGCCCGACCCUCUGCAAGGCGAUGGCCCGAACCCCGAGCGCGGGCUAGCGUGCCUGGGUUCCCGGCCAUGGGCUGUAUCGGGUCUCGGAGUCCGGCGGGUCAGGCAUUUCUGGGGACCACCAGCUGGCUGAGGCUCAGGGACAGAGACGGCUACUCCAGCUAAAGUGGCCUCGGACCCGGCUUGGGCUGUGGAGUGGAUCGAACUUCCUCGGGGCCUCUCUCUAUCUUCCUUGGGAUCUGCUCGGACCCUCCGAGGCUGGAGCCGAUCCUCCCGCCCUUCCUCCGUGGACAGCCAGGACUUGCCAGAGGCCUGGCCGGAAGCUAACGGCGCCACCCUGGGGCCCAUGUAAGCCAGGUGAAUGUUGGAGACACAGUCGCGAUGCUGCCCAAGUCCCGGAGAGCCCUAACUAUCCAGGAGAUUGCUGCGCUGGCCAGAUCUUCCCUGCAUGGUAUUUCCCAGGUGGUAAAGGACCACGUGACCAAGCCCACCGCUAUGGCCCAGGGCCGAGUGGCUCACCUCAUUGAAUGGAAGGGCUGGAGCAAGCCAAGCGACUCACCUGCUGCCCUGGAAUCAGCCUUUUCCUCCUAUUCGGACCUCAGCGAGGGUGAACAAGAGGCUCGCUUUGCAGCAGGAGUGGCCGAACAGUUUGCCAUUGCAGAAGCCAAGCUCCGGGCGUGGUCUUCGGUGGAUGGUGAGGAUUCCACCGAUGAAUCCUAUGAUGAAGACUACCCUGGAGGAACUGACUCAGAUAUGGCUGGGCAGCUGCCCCUGGGGCCCCACCUCCAGGACCUCUUCACUGGCCACCGAUUCUCCAGGCCUAUGCGCCAGGGCUCUGUGGAGCCUGAGAGCGACUGCUCGCAGACCGUGUCCCCAGAGACCCUGUGCUCUAGUCUGUGCAGCCUGGAGGAUGGGUUGCUGGGCUCCCCAGCCCGCCUGGCCUCCCAGCUGCUGGGUGACGAGCUGCUCCUCGCCAAACUGCCCCCCAGCCGGGAAAGUGCCUUCCGUAGCCUGGGCCCAUUGGAGGCCCAGGACUCGCUCUACAACUCGCCCCUCAUGGAGUCCUGCCUUUCCCCCGCCGAGGAGGAGCCAGCCCCCUGCAAGGACUGCCAGCCUCUCUGCCCGCCACCAGUGGGCAGCUGGGAACGGCAGCGGCAAGCCUCUGAUGUAGCUUCUUCUGGGGUGGUGUCCUUAGACGCGGAUGAGGCAGAGCCAGAGGAACAGUGACCCAAAUCAUGCCUGGUGGUGGCAUGCGUCCCCUGGCUGCUGCUGGGGGCAGAGCCUCUGUGCCCAAGUGCGGGCUGGAGGCCUCCAGCAGAGCUCCAAAGCCUAGAGGGCUCCUGGGAGCACUCACUCCUCCGUUGUGUGUUUUGCAUGAAAGUGUUUGGAGAGGAGGCAGGGGCCAGGCUGGGGGCGCAUGUCCUGCCCCCACUCCUGGGGUUUGCCGGGGGUUGCCCGGGGCCCCUGGGGCAUGGCUACAGCUGUGGCAGACAGUGAUGUUCAUGUUCUUAAAUCAAAAAUGCCACAUACACAUUUCCUCCUUGGAUGAUGUGAACCCCUAAGGGGGUGGUUGUGACUGGGCCCUGUGGGGUGGAAUGGGAGGGAGCCCGGCCCCCUCUCCCCCUUCCCCGUGCCUCUCUCUUUGCUUCUCUCCACCUCUGAGUCCAUGUGCAGUGCUUGACAGACUCCUCCCCCAUCCCAGGGCGGGCUGGCUCUUACCCUCCUGGAGCCUAGGAUUGAGCCGUUUCCCCCAAGGGCCCCUCGCCCAGCUGGGCUCGUGCUGUGCUUUGCCUCUCCAUCAUCUCUAAAUCUUCUUCUAUUUCCUAAAGAGGGGUUUUGGUCUGUUCUUUCAGUCGGAUAUUCUCUGGGAGGCAGUGGAUUGAUGAAGGCAUGUACCCUCUGCCCUUUUCCUGGCCCCUUGUAGGAUGUGUGGGCAGGAUCCCAGCGGCUCACAGCCUGCCUGGCUGCCCUAUUCACCGAGUUCUUGUCAGAGUGGAGUUGGGAGAAGGGAUGGCUCCACUUGCUACGGAGCUGUGACUUCAAUGUUCUUCCAGAGAGGGCCACAAGGGGGCCACGUGGGUGGCUGGGCAGUUGUCUGUGGGGGCCUGAGCCAGGCAGGAAUUGUGCCAACAAGUGACAGUCAUGUGGGAGUGUCUCUCCUUGGGGAGGGAGGAGGGUAGUGCCUUUCUUGGCUGAAUGAAAGGCCAAAGCUAUAGCACUGCGGGCCUCUGCCCCAGCUAGCGUGUUGAUAACUAAGCAGCGGAGGCCUCUGUGGAUCCUGUGUUCCACAGACCGUGAGCUCUGGAGUUUUAUGGCUGUGGGGGGUUUGGGUGGCUGCAGAAUUCCGAGCCUUGUAGGCUUUGGCAGGUAAGAGGGCCCAAGGUAAGAACAAGAGCUGAUGGGCACAGGCAUUCUAUAUAUAAGUGGCUCAUUAGGUGUUUAUUUUGUUCUAUUUAAGAAUUUGUUUUAUUAAAUUAAUAUAAAAAUCUUUGUAAAUCUC